CGGAGGGAGGCGAGCGCGCGUGCGCGCGCCGUGCCGGCCGUCGCCGCGGUGACCGUCCUCGGAGUCCGUCGGCUCGCGCCCCGCCCCCGUUCGUGCUGCCCCCUCCCCUGUCGCUGGCGGGGAGUGUUUCUCGCUCCUCCCGGUUGCUGCCGCCGUCGCCGCCGCUCCUCCUCUCCCAGUCUUGGGUUUCCCUGGCGCUGCUGCCGCCACUGCCUUUGCGGUCUGUAUGAGGAGGAGGAGGAUGUGAAGAUGGCGGAGCUGCAGAUGCUGCUGGAGGAGGAAAUCCCGGGGGGCCGCCGGGCCCUCUUCGACAGUUACACGAAUCUGGAACGGGUGGCCGAUUACUGCGAGAACAACUACAUCCAGUCAGCAGAUAAGCAGCGAGCCCUGGAAGAAACCAAAGCCUACACCACCCAGUCCUUAGCAAGUGUUGCCUAUCUGAUAAAUACCUUGGCCAACAAUGUCCUGCAGAUGCUGGAUAUCCAGGCGUCCCAACUUCGAAGGAUGGAGUCUUCAAUCAAUCAUAUUUCACAAACCGUUGAUAUUCAUAAAGAGAAAGUUGCAAGAAGAGAAAUUGGUAUUUUGACUACCAAUAAAAACACUUCAAGGACACAUAAGAUUAUUGCUCCAGCCAACCUUGAAAGACCAGUUCGUUAUAUUAGAAAACCUAUUGACUAUACAAUUCUAGAUGAUAUUGGACAUGGAGUAAAGUGGUUGCUUAGAUUUAAGGUGAGUACCCAGAACAUGAAGAUGGGUGGGCUCCCGCGUACAACACCUCCAACUCAGAAACCCCCCAGUCCCCCUAUGUCAGGGAAAGGGACGCUUGGGCGGCACUCCCCCUAUCGCACACUGGAGCCAGUGCGCCCUCCAGUGGUACCAAAUGAUUACGUACCUAGCCCAGCCCGUACUAUGGCUCCCUCGCAGCAGAGCCCUGUGAGGACAGCUUCUGUGAAUCAAAGAAAUCGAACUUACAGCAGCAGCGGGAGUAGCGGAGGAAGCCACCCUAGUAGUCGGAGCAGCAGUCGGGAGAACAGUGGAAGUGGGAGUGUGGGGGUCCCCAUUGCUGUCCCUACUCCUUCUCCUCCCAGUGUCUUUCCAGCCCCUGCUGGCUCUGCUGGUACUCCUCCCCUUCCUGCUACUUCUGCAUCUGCCCCUGCCCCUCUUCCUGCUACUGUCCCUCCCUCCACUGCCCCAGACACUGCCGCUGGGGGUGCCCAGACCCUGGCUGAUGGCUUCACUUCUCCAGCUCCCCCUGUUGUUUCUUCCACUCCCCCUGCAGGUCAUCCUGUUCAGUUCUACAGCAUGAAUAGACCUGCCACUCGCCAUACUCCCCCAACAAUAGGGGGCUCUUUGCCCUAUAGGCGCCCUCCUUCCAUAACUUCACAAACAAGCCUUCAGAAUCAGAUGAACGGAGGACCUUUUUAUAGCCAGAACCCAGUAUCUCUUGCUCCUCCUCCUCCCUCCAUCCUACAGGUAACUCCUCAGUUACCUUUAAUGGGAUUUGUGGCCAGAGUCCAAGAAAAUAUUUCAGAUGCACCACCUCCACCACCACCUGUGGAAGAACCAGUCUUUGAUGAAUCCCCACCACCACCUCCUCCUCCAGAAGAUUACGAAGAGGAAGAGGCAGCCGUGGUUGAGUAUAGUGAUCCUUAUGCUGAAGAGGACCCACCGUGGGCUCCAAGGUCUUACUUGGAAAAGGUUGUGGCAAUUUAUGAUUAUACAAAAGACAAGGAAGAUGAGCUGUCCUUUCAGGAAGGAGCCAUUAUUUAUGUCAUCAAGAAGAAUGACGAUGGUUGGUAUGAAGGAGUUAUGAAUGGAGUGACUGGGCUCUUUCCUGGGAAUUAUGUGGAGUCUAUCAUGCAUUAUUCUGAGUAAAGCUCAGCAAGGCUGUGUUUCCCUCACAGGAAUAGUCAGGUCUUCCCAGAUUAGCAAAAGGCCCUGGGGAUUCCCCUCCAGUGAAAUGAAUGAAGGAUUCAAAUGACAAAAACUACUUAUGUUUUUUUUUUUUUUUUUGGUUUAUCCCUCAGUAUUAGAACAAAAAAGCAAACUGAGUUGGAACAAAUGGCUCUUUCUGCCAUCACUUAUACUAUGCUGAGCUGUUUGGACUGAAAUAAAGUGACGUUUCUGAAUAUAUCAGAGGUAUAACAGCAUAACUAUGUGAAACAAAUCAGGUUAAAACUGAUUCAGAAAAGAAAUCUGGGAUCUUUCUCAGGAAUCCUGUACACGCUUGGGAGUUCUCCUCCUGCGGAAUCUGUGGCAUUGGAUGAUCUGCAGUGCCUGUGGUCAGCCUCGUGGCCCAGGGCGUGCCCCAGCCCCACACUUCCUUCCACUUGGAUGAGGAGGGGGAACCAAUAUUUAAAUACCACAUAACCAUUUUUAUAAUUGUUUCACAUGGCUUAUUUCCUCUUCAACACUGUAAAUCCUGCAUUCUGUCAGCACUUGAGUGCACCAAGUGAGUUAGUGUUGAGCUGACUUGCAUCCCUUCAUGUUUCUCAGUUCGUAGAUUAUAAGAAUGAUUUGAAUCUCCAAACAUUCUGAAGGUGGUUUUGUUCUCCUGCUGCUGCGUGAGACUGCAUUGCCGCUGCUGGCAGUGCGCCCCGGGGUGUGACGGGUGCAGCCCGGCUCGUGCGCUCAAGCGGGUGUGCAGAGGUAGACACGAGGGUCCCUGAGGUUCCAGAGAGGUUGAACCGCAGAAGUGCAUCCUAAACCCUUGCCUUAGGUGCUCUUUUGAGGAGUAGGACCUUAGAGGUCGACCAACUAUUUACUUCUUUCACUAUUUAGAAAAAUAGGUUUUUUUUUUUUUUUUUUUUUUUUUUUUAAAAAUAGCAGUUAUUUUCAAGCCUAAACAGUCACUGGGAAUAAAAGGCUUGCUGCUGUGCUCUCUGAAUGUUAUGGCAGGUGUUAGCUGCUGCUGAGUUGUUUACUCACUUAGAAAAGGUAAAUAUUCCCCUGAUUUUGUGUGAUUGGCUUUUGAAGUAGCUGCUCUUGGUAAGGAUUUGAACCUUAUCUCUCAGACUAAGGAUAGUGGGAUAAGUGGUAUAAGGCCAAAUACUUAUUCAAGUAUUUUUUUUUUCAUCUGCACAAUUACAACUUCAGAUUCAGUGGAGUUUGGAAGACAGAUGGCUUUAAUCAUCUCUUCUGUAAUCAGUAUAAGAAAUAUUGAAAAAUAUCCAGGAGGCCUUGCUGCUCAGCAGGUGAAUACUGUGAUGAUAAACCAGCUCACGGGCCAAAGCUACCA